UGCGAAUCGUGCUAUAUUUUUGCUCCUUGGGAAAUUUCUGUUUACUUUGCUUCAACCAACAAGCAAGCCAAUCGCGAACUGGUGAUACUCUGUUCGGCUUUGUCUUCUACAGCUCUUCGAGGCUAAAACAGUAUUCUCAAACGUUACAGCAUACAGCUCUCGUGUGUUUGUUGACUAGCCAUCCAUCAUGGGCCAACCAUCCUUCGAGGCGUCCAACGCCAUCAUCUACCUCACCUAUGGUGCCUUUCUGGUCCUGGGUACAGGCAUUGCCUGGACUAUGAGAAAUCAGACCAAGACAGACUUCUUGUCUGGCAACGGAACACAGACUGCCUGGCCUUUGGCGCUCAACUUCAUCGCCUCUGGUGAGUGAAUUGCAACCAUGCUUUUUUGCGAUGGUAGCGGCACCAACGCAGCUUCUUCUACGACGCCCAUCGCGCAUUCGACAUUUCCCAUACAAUACUUAUUGCAAGUUCUCUUUACUGAGGCAACUUGCCCCAUUGCUUGACGAGCAGGUUCGUACCCACAAACAGAUCUCUGUCUUCUCCCCCGUUCGACAAGUCCUGUGGCCUAGUGAGUGGCACAGCUUGGGUGGUUUACUUUUAACAAUUCCAGGGUCUUUCUUUCAAGGAUGCUGAAAGCAGACCUAAUCAGUCUGUCUUUCGCUGGCCCUCGCUAAAAACCACCUCUUGUCGAGGGGGGCGAGAGGAUGCGGCUCACUACGGGCGCCUAGCCGAAACAACGGUCUCUGAAUCCAACGUCAAGGCGCAACGAUUGUUGCUUGUACUUGACGAGAUCCAUUGGCGUUGUUCAGGCGAAGCUGAGAUGUUACCGUGAUACUCGAUCAAGUUAAUGCUUGCGUGGGAAACGUGCUGCCGCUCCAUCUCCCCUUCCCCUCCUGUUGACGCUCUCGCGUUGCUAACUUUCACAGGCCUCGGAUCCGGUAUUCUCUUCACGUACCCUGAGAUUUCAACCAUCUGUGGUGUCCAGGGUUUGAUCGUCUAUGCUCUUGCAUCAGCACUGCCCCUCUUGGUCUUUGGUUGGGUUACCCCCAUCAUUCGUAAGCAAUGCCCCGAUGGUUUCGUUCUAACUGAAUGGACGCGACAUCGCUACGGUACCCCGGCUAUGCUGUUCCUCAGCUUCAUGACACUGGUGACCUUGUUCCUCUACAUGGUUGCUGAGCUCUCUGCUAUUGGACAAGUGGUCACUACGUUGACUGGGCUUGAUGGCCUUCCCAUCAUCAUUGUGCAGUGUAUCAUUACCACCAUCUACACUUCUCUUGGUGGCUUCAAGAUUUCCUUCUUGACCGACGUUAUCCAAGGUGGAAUGGUUGUCGGCCUCAUCGUCAUUGCUACCAUCACCAUUGGCGUCAAGACCGAGAUUAACCGUGACCUCAUCGACCAGUCCGGCCUCACAAAGGCUAGUCUCCUUGGAUGGCAGCUGCUCUACAUUCUUCCCGUUGCUGUCCUCACCAACGACUUCUUCUUGUCCAACUUCUGGUUGCGUGCUUUCUCUUCCAAGACAGAUAAGGACCUUCGCUUGGGUGUAUCCCUCGCCACCAUCAUCAUCCUCUGUAUCCUGACACUGGUUGGAAGCACAGGUCUCAUUGCUGCUUGGUCUGGAGCCUGGACACCCGACAACGUAGACACGCCUGGUUCACUUGCAUUUUUCCUCUUGCUGGAAAAGCUUCCCAACUGGGUCGUGGGUAUCGUUCUCGUCAUGGUGGUGAGCUUGAGCACGGCUGCUUUCGACAGCUUGCAGUCGGCCAUGGUCUCGUCUGCGUCAAACGAUCUGUUCCGCAACCGUCUCAACAUUUGGGUCAUCCGUGUACUUGUUGUCCUCAUCAUCAUCCCCACGGUUGUCCUGGCGCUAAAGGCCCCUUCGAUUCUGCAAAUCUUCCUCAUCAGCGACUUGGUUUCUGCUGCUACCAUCCCAGUUCUCAUGGUCGGUCUCAUUCCCCAAUUCUACUGGUGGCGUGGGUUUGAGUUUGUUGUCGGAAGUCUUGGUGGUAUUUUCACCAUUUUCAUCUUUGGGGCCAUCUACUACAACGAUGCGCAGCGUGGUGGCCAGCUCAUUUUGCUCCAGGAGGGACUCUACACUGGCGACUGGGGCGUGUUUGGCGCCUUUGUCGCCGCUCCCGUCGGUGGCCUUAUUUGGGGCUGCCUUGCCUUUGGUGCUAGAAUUGGCUUCUUGUUCGCCCAGUCCAAAAUUCAAGGCACUCGUUUUGAUGCCCUCGACAAGCCCGUGGACAUGCGCGCUCUGCAAGACAACAAUGACAUCCUGGCCGACAGCAUCGGCUCUGGAGCUGGCAAAUUUUUUUAAAUAAUUUCGGCCACUCAUGGUCGUUUGCAGCCUACAUCACGUUUUCACGCAUAUACCAUAUUGUCUUGAAAUACUUCAGAUUUUUUGGCAUGGUUUGCCAGCGUAUAUAGUACAAAAGACCCGCGUUAUGCGGAUAUGCAUCCGUCCUGCUUAAUAUACAUUUUUUCCAUACAAAUUUUCCCCUAAAUUAAUCCUUGUUCCAUCCUGCUCGCUGAAUCUGUUCCUUUUCAACAGCGUCCUUCUCCAUCAAAUGCGUUUCCAAUGUGGUGCCAACAGUCGUGCCCCAAACUCUCCACGGCUCGGCAGUAAAGGUUGUCUCGCUGGUUGCCCUUGACAAGACAACAUAUUCGAUCUUGUCUUGGAUUCUCAGGCUACCGGGAACAAUUUCACCUGUAGUGGCGUUGUGUCGGGAUGCCUGCUGCUGCGACGAAAUAGCAACGACAGCCUGCUCGGUGGCUGUUGUCUUGUCCAUGGGGUUGAUCUGAUGGAUCUGGUGGGACAUCAGACGAGGGUAGAACAUGGGCUUUGUGUAUUUUACCAGCUCGAAGCUGACAGUCUCCUUGUUGCUGCGUCGUUCGAUGGCGUUGAUGAGCUUUUUCGCAAAGUCGGGCACGCAGAGGCGCUCAAUGGUCUUCUUGUCGCCGGCUGCAAAGGCUUCGAGAACCUCGCGGUACAUGGCCUUUGCUGUCGGUGCAAUCUUUCCGCGGCGAGCCUUCCAUUUCGGUCGUGUUGUCCAGUUGGGCAUCGACUUGAGUUUGUAUUGCAGGACUGUCAUGACUCCGGUGAGCCACGCUCUGCUUCGGUUGAACUGGUACUGGGCGAAUUCGCCGAGGCUCUUGGGGCCGAGGGCCAGGGGGAGUGCUACAAAUGUGCCUGUGUUUGAAUACUAUUAGCAUCCUGUUCAAGAUGGACCAAUUCGUCUUUAGGUUCUGGACAUACCUGGAAACAGGGGACCGCCUCCUUGCUUGAAGUACUCAAUGUGCGCGAGCUUCUGCAUCUCGGACAUUGUCUGCUCCUUGGUGGCCUUUGUACUGUUGAGCUUUGACGCACGAUCCAUUUCGCGGACAAGCUUCGAUCUGGCAAUGCCGCUUGCAUAUCUUGGGGUCGCAGGCUGGACGGCGCAUUGUCUCGAGGCACGCAUGCUACGGGCGGCCAUUGUGACGGGCCGUGUAGCCAACGCAGAUGAGGAGGACAUUUUUCAACUGCUUCUAGCAAGCUGUGAAUUCGGCCGAUGCCCUCUUGGUGUGGCUG